AUGUCUCCACAAGGUGACCGAAGCGGUCUCCCUUGGGUACGGUUUGUCCAAGAACUGGGCAUGAUGCUAGUUACGGGCAUGGUCGCAUAUGGUGGCGUCAAACUAGUUCUAAACCACCUCACGCCUCCGGACCCAGAGAACCAGAAGAAAGAGGAACAACGGCAGAAGUCAGCGGCCAUCUUGCGCAGAUUAUAUGGAGACGAUGAAUCCAAAGGCGGCGUCCGAAAAAGUGAGCUAGUUCUCAACCAAUAUGAGCAAGCGAUCGCUGCGGAGCUCGUGGACCCGAAAGAUAUCCCCGUUCGGUGGGACGACAUCGCCGGCCUCGACGAUAUUAUCAAGGAUCUCAAGCAAUCUGUGAUUUGGCCAUUGAUGUACCCGAAACUGUUCGCCGCAAAUCCUGCCACUCUUAGAAGCGCGCCGUCUGGUGUGAUCCUUGAGGGACCACCUGGUUGUGGAAAGACUAUGAUCGCUAAGGCGCUGGCGGCCGAGAGCGGGGCUUCUUUCAUCAACUUGAAUAUCUCUACAUUGACGGAUAAGUGGUAUGGUGAAUCCAAUAGACUUGUUCGAGCGGUCUUCACUCUCGCGCGCAAGGUCCAGCCUUGCAUUAUCUUCAUUGAUGAAAUCGAUGCGCUCCUUGCGAAACGGUCGGAACGGGAUCAUGAAGCAAGUGGAAUGGUGAAGGCAGAAUUCAUGACACACUGGGAUGGUCUUCAGUCAGAGAGCUCAACUGAAGGGCGCCAGCGAAUCGUCGUCUUUGGAGCCACUAAUCGUAGCGACGCUAUUGAUAAGGCCUUUAUUAGACGUCUGGGCGGUAAGCCUAUCGAGGUGAGACCUCCAGAUGCAAGAGGCCGUGCGAUCCUUUUCAAGAAGCUUCUGAAGAACGAUUUUGUGGACUGGGAGGACUUGGAACUUGAGGAAGAGAAGGAGGAUUUGAUGAAGAUGGACAUCAGCGAAUUACUACAGAAGCCGUUGAUCCGAAGAACAGAGGGCUGGACCGGCAGCGAUAUUAAGGAUGCAUGUGUCAGAGCAGUCAACACCACCACACCUUACGAGACCAUCGAGGCGAUGUUGUUGACUGGUAAAGAUCUGAACCAAGUGGCCACAGAGGAAGUGCUGGAUCCCGUUCGCCUAAGCAACUUCUUCAAAGACGUUGAAAUCAAGCCCAUGCCGGUGAAACUACCAGUUGCACCAUUCAAGAUGGUGGCCGAGGAGAGAGAGGAUUGGUCCACCGAAUCUGAAACCGCCUCAACUGAAGCCUACUCCAUGCGGCCCGAGUCUCCCGAGUGA